GGUGGGGUGCGUGUGUAGGCAGGGAGGGAUUGUGUGUGUGUGUCCGUUGCCGCCGACACUGCCAGGGUUUGUGUCCCCGCGGCGCCGUGCCAGGCUUAGUAGGACGUCUUGUCGCAUCCUUCAUCACCCGCCCGUGGGGCCGCAACCUGUGGUGACGAGUGUCGGGCUGCCGUCGAGAUGCUGCGCCCGUGAGAGGAAGACAAACUUGCGUCUGUGAAGUUAUAAACUGUCUCGGUGAUGCUUCACUGUUGUGUGUGAGUGGCGACUGUCCUGUGUGCGCGGCAAUGCGGCACUCUAGGCUGUAAACGAUUCAUACACACAAUAUAUUCAGUAACGGUUCAUGCACAGUGAGCGUACAUGUGUAUGCAUGUAGCUAGGCGACGCAUACGAGGCAGCGCUGUCACACGGUGAGUCGCCUUGCUUCCCGCAGGAGUACACAGACACACGCAGCGGCCGCCGUGCCGUGUUAGCCGCCCCGGCACCGAGGCAUGAGUCAAGGGCGUAAGUGUCACCCGAGGCCCGCCGCUGCGCCACCGGGACGCCUCGCGGCCGCACUUUAAGGGCAGAGUGAGGGCGAGUGGGAGGACACAGCGGGCCAUUAGCUUCGCCAUCCGACCGAAGAGGCGCAAAAGUGACUGUACAACUUACUCUAACGAGACAGUGACCCUUCGGCUCCCUCGUGUGGGCCCAGUGCCUGCGUGUGCCGUCAGGGGAAGGCCGGAGCGAGGCUGAGAGGCGGGGAGGCUGUGAGUGCUUAGCAGGCCCCAAAGUACCUCCUUAACGCCCCUCCUCGUCGCUGCCUCCUCGUAUCCUCCCAUCAUCUCCUCCUAUGCGGAUUGGCUCUCCCAGCAAACAAGAGUAAACAACGAGACAGGAUGCUGCGCGGAGGCUGAGGAGGCGCCCGUCUUGACCUGGAGGCGUCCUUAAUAUCCUGCAGGACUCCCAUCACCCCUAGGACUCCUUCCCCCGCCCCCCCAACGCCCCCGGAGCCCAGAUGACCCGCCUCCUUCAGCUCCUCCUGCGCCUCCUCCUCAUGUGGAGAGGGGUCAAGGGCGCGGCGCUCCCAGUGUUCCCGAGCUUCCUGCCGCCGCUGACCUCGACCUUAGUGGGCCCCGCGGAGGACCUCACCACCUACCCCGACCCCGACACGAUCUUCACGCAACAGAACAACACGGAGUUACGGUCGCAGGUCGGCACCACGGCGGUCCUUCACUGCAUCGCGCACAACGUCGGGGAAAACACGGUGUCAUGGAUCAGGCGCCGUGACUACCACCUGCUGACGGUCGGUUCGCAGGCCUACAGCAGCGACGACAGGUUCCAGGUCCGCUACGUCAAGCAGGAAAACGACUGGCAGCUACACAUCCGCUACGUCCAGGUGCGCGAUGACGGCGUAUACGAGUGCCAGGUGUCGUCCCACCCGCCCGUCAGCCUCUUCUCCACGCUGAGGGUGCUGGAGGCGACGUCGGAGAUUCUUGGAGGCCCCGAGAAGUACAUGACGGUGGGCAGCUCCUUGAGGCUCGUGUGCGUGCUUCGGGACAACACCCAGCCGCCCAGCUACGUCUUCUGGUACCAUGACGAGCAGAUGAUCAACUACCAUUCCACCAGAGAGGUGAGAGUGGAGAACAAUGGGGGUCUGAGCGUCCUCUUUCUGAGCAACGUGCGGCCAGCUGACUCCGGGAACUACACGUGCGCCCCCUCCAACGCACGCCACUCCCAUAUCAACAUACACGUGCUGAAAGGAGGCGAGACCCCGGCCGCCAUCCACUCCGGGGCCUCCUCAGUGCCGUGCCCCGUCCUCGUCCUGGCGCUGCUGCUGUGGCUGGGCUCAGGACUCCUCACGGCCUCCUCAUCCUCCUCAUCCUCCUGUACCUCGACCGUGGUAGCCCGUGGUCUGGGUCUGGCCGUGACCUAAAACCUCUAAGUCUCAUUACUACAAAAAAGACAGACAUCAGAUUCAUCUCCAGCCCCCCCAGCAUCCCAGCAUCCUCCUCCUGUACAGAUGCCGCUUCUUCUGCUACUGCUGCCGCGCCUCCUCCUGCUACCCGGCGGCCACUCCAGGAACAUGCCGCCCUCCGGAGCAACAUCUAGCUACUCGUCCCUCCAUGCCACUCCACCUCACUCCACGCACUCCUCACCAGUCCAUGUUUUUUAUAGAAGUCUCGUGUGCAUGGGGUCAGGUGGAUGAUGUAGGGAUGUGGUGGAUGAGUGGAUGAAGGGAGGCUGUGCAGUGGUGGUGGUGGGGGUGGAUAGGGGGUGGAGUUAGUGUGGUGUGGGUGAAUGUGGAUGAUGGUGGGUGGAGGGAUGUGGAGGUGGUGGACUCACUCGCUCUUUCUAAAUACUGAGUUGUUGUUUAGUUAUGUAUAUGUAUGAAGAGAGAGAGAGAGAGAGAGAGAGAGAGAGAGAGAGAGAGAGAGAGAGAGAGAGAGAGAGACUACAUUUUCCAUUUUCUACUCAAAACUCUAUUAUUGCAUUCAUUUCUUUGAGGUAAGUUCAUUAUUCUAGGUUAACUAAGAGAGUGGAUGACCUGAGUGUUUAUAUGCGUGGAUGAACAGAAUCAAAACAACCCAGCCCAGCACCCCUUAGCAAGGUUAUGUUGUGUACCUUUAGGAAACCGUUUUAAGGAGAUUAUGUUACGUGCAGCUACGAACAAAACAAUAUCGACUUUUCUGUUUAUUCCUCGUGACUUGGUGGGCCCUUUCUGGACGGCGAGACACAGUGGGUAGGGGAAGGAGAGUGUGACUUGCAGGGCGGAAAGGACCCAUCGAUUUCCUUGUGACUCGGUGGCACUUUUCUACUCGGCGAGACACAAUAGGUAGAAGGAGGAGGAUGUGACUUGCAGGGCGGAAAGGACCCACCGAGUUAUGAGAUUUGAGUAAGGUGGACAUUUUUUUUUUUUUUUUUUUUGCAGCUCUGUCUUUAUGUAUGAAUGUGUAUGUUUUAAAGUAACUGCCAGUGAUAUGGUUGGGGCUAUAGGAAUAUAACUAACUAAACCGGUAACUUUAUAACCUAAAAAAAUAUAUAAAUAAACAAACUUCACCUGAGAUUAGGAGAGAGAGAGAGAGAGAGAGAGAGGGAGGGAGAGAGAAAGAGAAACAAAUCAUCAUCAGUCACCAAUUCAUUAACCUGUAAAAAAAUAACGGAGCAUUCAGGUGUACAAUCUUUAGGGGUCUGGUUUUAAUCCCUUUUGUUAACUCUAGUGAUUUAAGGUGUGUGUGUACUCCAGGAACUGAUAUGAUACGACUUAAGCACCUUUGUUUGUAUAGCGUGUGUCAAGACUUCAUUAACCUGGAGAGACCUUGUAAAUACCACGUCAUACCUUUCGUUCAAGACUCUCGUUCGUGACUUACAAGCAUCCGCCAUCACUUGCGUAAAAAAAAAAAAAAGCAAUCCCAGGUAAUUGACACCAACGCUGCUCCCACGCACCUCCACCCACCUGCCCCACCUGUUCACUCCCCACCCCCCAGUAACCCACCUAUCCCACACACUGACAGGUACAUUCCAACGCUUCAUUUUUAACCCCGUAACCCCUUUCUCGCUGGAGUUACGCGCCAUUACAUUUAUUUCAGCCAUCAGGUCAGGCUACACGCGCCAUACCUCAGCCCUUUCUUUGCCCUUUCUCUCCCUGUCCGCCUUUCUGCCAGUCCUCCUUCUCAUUUUCUUUACGACUCUUUCAUUGCCUCUGCUACUACUACUACUACUACUACUACUACUACCACUACCACUACUACUACUACUACUACUACUACUACUACUACUACUACUACCACCCCUCACACACACACAUAUAUACUAACACACAGCAACAGUCCCUAACAACAACAACAAAAUCGUAAAUCAUCCACGAACAUCAAAGCCACCUCAUAAAAUUCCUCUUAACGAGUAAAUAUAUAAAUAAUAAAAGUAAGUAAACAAUGAGACUCACACACCGACCUCUUUAAAUAGCCAGACAUACAUUAAACGUAAAAUCCAAUUCCAGGUUAAGUGAACGUGUUUUUAUGGACAUUCUAAAGGUACUAUAUGGUGUCUCAUUCUCAAAUACCCCCUUUAUGAACCCCAAACGUGUCCUUUUCGUGUCCUAAAGGGUGUGAAAGUCCCCGGAUGUCCCAAGGGUGUGGAGGUGUGGCGUGGAGCAGGUGGUAGUGUCGCCAGGUGUCCUAAAACAAGCUCAGGUGUUCAGGAUUGGCUUUGCAUCUGAGACUGGACACGCGAGACAGGUGGCGGGCAGGUGAGAGGCGCCAUAUUGGUGCUCCUCGGCCGUCUGGGUCAUGAUAGUGAUUUGUGUGACGUCGUUAAGUGUUAAACGUUGCUCAAUCGCCCCGAAAAUAUUACUCUCAAAAAAAUGUCCUAGCUUGUAUUUUUGUACAUAAUGAAAACUACUUCAUUACCACUCCCACGUAGCACCAGCGAGCAGCCUGCCCCCCCUCCCCCUCCCCCCGCCCCCCCGCCCCCACCCCGGCCCCCCACACACAUUACACUCUUAAUCUUGAGCGGAAUGGAAAGGUUUUCAAUAUUUAUACACAGCAGAUGGUCGAGUUUACUGUCUAAGCCACAGUUUCUCUAAUAUAUGUUCUCUCCUCUACCAGCGUUUCUACUGCACUCUGGAUUACGUUCUGUCUCUCCUCCCACGUGCUGUAGGGAAUGCGAUGGGUACUUUUUGUAAUGUAUCGUACUGUAGGGACAGCACACAGGUAGUGCAUCGCUGUGAUAGAUGGAAUUAUCAUUGUUAAAAUAAAUGUUUUCGCAAUUUCCUUCUGGGGUCGCGAAUAAUAUGACGA